CGGCGCGGGCCCGCGAGAUGCCGGUGUCGGCGGCCCGAGCGGCUGCAGCUGCAGCGGCGGGGGACGCGGCAGCGGGGCCCCGGAGGGGGGCUGCGCAGGGGGCCGGCGCGUAGCCGGGACUAUGGAGGGGCAGAGCGGCCGCUGCAAGAUCGUGGUGGUGGGGGACGCGGAGUGCGGCAAGACGGCGCUGCUGCAGGUGUUCGCCAAGGACGCCUACCCCGGGAGUUAUGUCCCCACCGUGUUUGAGAACUACACCGCGAGCUUUGAGAUCGACAAGCGCCGCAUUGAGCUCAACAUGUGGGACACUUCAGGUUCUUCUUACUAUGAUAACGUCCGGCCUCUGGCCUAUCCUGAUUCAGAUGCUGUGCUCAUCUGCUUCGACAUUAGCCGACCAGAAACAUUGGACAGUGUCCUCAAGAAGUGGCAAGGGGAGACUCAGGAGUUUUGUCCCAAUGCCAAGGUUGUGCUGGUUGGCUGUAAACUGGACAUGCGCACGGACCUGGCCACACUGAGGGAGCUGUCCAAGCAGAGGCUUAUCCCUGUUACACAUGAACAGGGCACCGUGUUGGCCAAGCAGGUAGGGGCUGUGUCCUAUGUGGAGUGCUCCUCCCGGUCCUCUGAGCGCAGCGUCAGGGACGUCUUCCACGUGGCCACAGUGGCCUCCCUUGGCCGUGGCCAUAGGCAGCUUCGUCGUACUGACUCACGCCGUGGACUGCAGAGAUCCGCUCAGCUGGCAGGCCGGCCGGACCGGGGGACCGGGACCGAGAGCGAGAUACACAAGGAUAGAGCGAAGAGCUGCAAUCUCAUGUGAGGGGCUGGGGCGGGGCCGAGUGUAAGGAGCAGUGGCGAAGGGCUCAAUUGUUCCCCUCUGCACCUGGUUCCUGACCUCCUGACUCUGGCAGGGACUUCAGGACAGGCCGAGUGAGGGAUUCUCCUGGUCAGGAGAGCUGAAGGCAGAAGGGGCCACCAUCCCCACAUCCUCAUCCCCCUCCUCUCCACAGGAAGCUGAGGAAGCUAGCAGGACAGGGAGCUGGGCUGGGAGCUGGGGGGCAGGGGUGGAGGAAGCUGGCAUCAAGUAGUGACUUUGGUUUGAGUCUUAGUAUAUGAAGGGUGCUUUCCCUCCACACCCCCAGUACCCAUAUCCUGGCCCUGGCUUCCUUCCCUAAGGAAAGUGUCCAUUCUGUGACCUUCCCUUUUCCUCUCCUUUCCCUUCCACAGCUGUUCUCACUCAUCCUAACCUCCAGGCAACAUGCACUAAAUUAAAAAGCAAGUUGAGUCCUUCCCCCUUCUACCCACAGUCCUAGCUCCCUCAAUCUCUUCCUGCAACUGUCCCCAAAUAAAGCCCAUGUCCAUGGAAAACA